AAGAGCUGGUGUCUUGCUAGCCAGUGGCAUUUUCUUUCUUUUUUGUGUUUUAUUGUGAAUUCAUGUGCUUUUUUCUGCUGAUAUCUAGACAAGGAUUUCAUAUUGCUUGUUUGGAUAGUCGUUAACGUCGUUGCUGGGAAACAAAUCCUGACAACACUGAGCUGAUAAGCGACGUUAGUCGUGAAUGUAAUCUCAAACAGCCGUUUUAUAUUCUCCACCUGAACGUUUCUGAAACAUAAACAGCAAACAUGUCCAACGCAUUGUUAGCUGAAGUCGGCUGGGACGAGGGUUUUGCCAUCCCUGUAGCUAAUGCGGAGAAUAAGGCAAUAGAGGAGGAGCUCAAACGAAAGCAAAAAGAGCAGUUAAAUCUUGAGAAUAAGCUGAAUAAAUACAAGGACAUUAUAAAUGCAGUGACUGAACAUCUCAGAAAUCUAAGACAAGAGGUUUCUCAUACUCAGGCAUUGUGCAGAGCCAGAGAGAAAGAGACUGAAUCAGAGGUUCACUUCAGGGCGCUGGCAGAGCGAGAGACAGGCCGUCUGAAGCAGGAGAUCACAAAAAUGGAGAAUGAACUGAAAACAUUAAAUGAGAAGAAGAAUGCACACGAGAACACUAUAUUCAAAGCCACUCAGAAGCUGGAUGAGUUGAAGAAUCAGCUGAACUGGGAUCAGCAGACUUUGGAGGCCUGGCUGCAGGAAUCAGAACACAAGGAUGAAGACACUAUGGCAAUCAUCAAAUACGCCAAGCAAGACGAGAGCAGGAUUCGAGAGCUGACGCUGAAAAUUGAGAAGCUGACUCUUGAAGCCAACCAGAAGAGAAAGAUCUUAGACACUGAACUUACUGAGACAGUUACUGCACAGAUUGGUUUGGACAAGACAGCUGAGAGCUUUCGUCAGGCCCACAUUGAAAGACAGGAGAUGAUCAGCCAGUGGGAGAACACCAUUGAACAAAUGAGGAAAAGAGACCAGGAGAUGGAGCAAUGUGCCAUGUUGCUGGCAGAGGUAAACCAAGUGAUAAGGGAGAAGAAUGAUUUGAUCAAGGAGAGGAAGGACUUCAUGGAGCGUGAGAUAGAGAACAAUAAAGAGCUGGAGAGGAAGAUAGACUCAGCUGAACGUCAGGCGGUUCGACUCAGACAGCAGGUCCGGGAACAAGAGAGUAACAGCAGACGUCUGCAGGAUGAGCUAGAUAGUCUGAAGGGAUCAUUGGACCGAACAGCCACAGAUGUGGAGACCACAAGAUCUCACUUAACCAGCAUGAAAAAGGACAUUCAAGGCAAAACAGCAAAAAUUGAGGAGGCAAAGCUGCAUAACGCUGCUCUGAAGGAGAAGCUGCAGCAGGUGACAGAGGCGGCGCUGAAUGGUGAAGAGCAGGCAGCACAGAUGGAGCAGCUGCUUAGAGAACAAGAGCAGAACAUCAAAGAGAUCGAUGCUCAGCUUCUCCGGCAGAGAGAGCUCAUGUUCAAGAAGAGUCAGGAGUUGCAAGGGCUUCGUGUUAAGGAGAAGAACGCAACAGCUGAGAUCUACGGCACCCGGGCCGCUCUUUCCAACCUAGACAGCAAACUCCGCAAACUGGACCAGAACUCCCUCAAACAGCAGAUGAUCGUCUUCAACCAGGACUUUCAGAUCCAAAUGCUGGAGAGGAAGAUGUCACGCUUGCAGGGGGAAGUGAACAAAGACGAGAAAGAGGCUCUGGAGAAGAGGGCCUCAGAUAUGGCUGAGGCUUUGGAGGAGAGGAAGAGGACGGCCGCCACCCUCACCACACAGCUGAAGAAACUGCAGGAUGAUAUCCGCUGUAUUAGAAAAGAAACAGAGAAAACUGGAGCAGAGAAGAGAGAUCUGACCUCCAAGAUCCAGGAUAUGCAGCUCUUCAUUGACAUCUCCGAGAAAGAACAGAAAAAACUCAGACUUAAAAAACAGGAUAGCAUGGUGGAGAAAGGCCUGCUGAAAAUGGAGGUGCAGCAUCUGAGAGAUCUGCUGUAUGACAGAGCAGACGGAGUGCUGACUCUGGAGAAGAGACGCUUGCAGCUGCAGGCAGCCAUGAAGGAGCGAGAAGAAGAGAUCUGUUUGCAUAGAGAGAUGCUCAAUAAACAGGUCAAAUUAUCCGAGCAGGAGAGACAGCGACUCAGUGCUGAAGUGCACGAAAGACUAUCCAAAAUCGACAAGAUGAGGAAGCGGUACGAGAUCCUGACUGUUUCCAUGGCUGCACCGGAAGGAGAGGAGGAUAAAUCACAGGCCUACUUCAUCAUAAAGGCAGCUCAAGAGAAAGAGGAACUUCAGCGUCAGGGGGAUGAUUUGGACUCUAAAAUCCGCAAGACAGAGAAAGAGAUUCAAGCUUUGGAGAACACCCUGCAAGUUGUCAAUAAUCGCAAUACAACCUACCGCAAAGCCCUAACCAAAGUGACAGAGUCAAGUCCUGAGCACCAGGAGAAACUAAAGCUGGAAGAACAGAGACGAGCAGCCGAGGAGAAGUACAAAUACAAGAAACGGCAAAUCCAAGAACUGCAGGAGGACAUUGAGGGAAUGAACAGCACAUUGGAGGGUCUUCUUCAAGAGCAGACAAUCCAGAACGAGAACACUGAGAGGACUCAAUCACAUGUACUCUCUCUCAAAAAAGAGCUCAGCUCUCAAGAGGAAAAACUGAAUAGAGUUGUCAAACAGUGUUCUAAAUAUACCAGGGAAAUUCGGUCUGCUAAAAACACCAAAGAGAAGACCUUUGAGGAAUGUGACAUAGAGCUACGAGAACUCAGAGACGUCAAUAAAAGCAUAAAUAAGAUGCUCCUAGAAGCCAUGGAAAAGAAUCCUGACCUGUCAGCUACAUUACAGAUAUAUUUUAUGCAGGCUGGUCUAUCCCUGCCCUCUCCUUCAUCCACCCCAUCUAGUCGUCUGAGCUCAAAAAUCAACUCGGCUCGGAGCUCUGCUUCACUUCGAUCCUCACGUCAAUCAGCCAGCAGCAGUCCCAGAAGCCAAUCUGUGUCGUCCCCUCCAGUGAAGACAGUGGAUCUGGGCUUGGGCCUCUCCGUCACGUCUCCUCCUCUCUCCACUACAGUGUCCCGUCCACCCAGCAGUGGUAGCAGCACCAGAAGCAGCAAGUGCAAGAGUCCUUAAACAGAUACAGACCCCAAUCUCUCUAAAGAACAGUGUGUGUCAGUCAAUUUUACCCCCUUUAAAUGAACAACAUCUGUCACUGUUCUUUUUCUUCCAGUUAUUGAACAGUAUUUCCUUUCGGCUUGUUACUUAAGGGGUGUGUUCUUUAAGUGGUUUAAUGUUUGUUUAAUUGCUGUUUUUUACACAGUAACUGAAUAUGUUUCAUUUAUUCAAUUAAACGUUAAAGUAAAGAAAUAAUUCACCCAAAAAUGAAAAUUUUGUUGUCAUUUACUCACCCUCAUGUCUAAAAAAAUCUGUAUUUGUUUGGCUAUUUAAAUUUCGCUUUAAAUUGAUGCCUUAGGUGAAGAGUGGUUUCCAGGAAAAAGUCAUUUGCAAUUAAAAUAAAUAAAUAAAUACAUUUUUCCUAGAAAUGUAUUUAACCAAUAUCAGUGAUUAAGUAUUACAUCAGACAUUUACUAUAAACAAAAAGAGUUCAUGUUUUUAAAUGUUGGCCCUUUUCAUGUUCAUUUAGAAUGACAGCUGACCAUGGGCAUCACUUUGUUUAAAAAGCUGUGGGGACAGUUUAUUGUGCGCUAAUUGUGAUGUCACAAAACUCAUUAAUUUAAUUAGGCUAUGCACAGAUAAUUUCAAAUAAUCUUUUAAUGUAAAUACAUCUUGUAAUAAAUGAA